AUGUCAGAGUACAUAGGGUUCGGUAGUUUACCGGAUAUAGUACAUCGAAAAACCGUCAAAAAAGGAUUUGAAUUCACUCUGAUGGUAGUCGGUGAAUCUGGUUUGGGAAAAUCAACACUGAUAAAUACAUUGUUCCUGAGCGAUUUAUACAAGGAACGAAAUGAAUCUAGUUAUGAACCUCCUCAGACCGCACAUAUUGAAAAGAAAACGUUAUGCAUCGAGGAACAAGGAGUUAAGUUAAGAUUAACCGUUGUAGACACACCUGGUUUUGGUUCGUCUUUGAGCAGUGAUGAUUGCAUUCGGUCAUGCUGCGAGUACGUGGACGAACAAUUUCGAGCAUAUUUCGCUGAAGAAAGUGGUAUUAUCAGAAAGAACAUAAUUGACAAUCGUGUUCACUGUUGUCUUUAUUUCAUACCCGGUCAUUGUCACAGCCUAAGGCCAAUAGACGUAGAAUUCAUGCUCAAUAUCCACGAAAAAGUCAACGUCAUACCAAUCAUAAGCAAAGCAGAUAUGUUGACUGAAAAAGAAAAAAUACAAAUCAAACAACGAAUAAAUGAUUCUAUUAAAACCCACGAAAUAAAGAUAUACCAACUGCCAGACUGCGAUAGUGACGAAGAUGAAGACUUCAAACAGCAGGAUAAAGAGUUGAAAGCAUGCUUACCGUUUGCCGUGGUCGGAAGUAACACGAUUUUGGAAGUUAACGGGAAAAAAAUGCGAGGAAGGCAAUAUGACUGGGGUGUGGUAGAAGUGGAUAACCCAGCUCAUAGCGAUUUCACCAAACUCCGAAAUAUGCUAAUAUCCACACACAUGCCCGAUUUAAAAGAAGUCACCGAGGAUGUUCAUUAUGAAAAUUUCAGGACGCAAUUGAUUUCCAAAAUAUCGCAGCAAGCAUUCAAGGAUAGAGGAAAAUUAAAAAGAGAUUCGAUACCAAAACUGCUACCAGCACUUGAUGAAACGGAUAUUUUGUUGCUUCAAAAAGAAGAAGAAAUCCGCCGCAUGCAAGACAUCCUUGUUCAGAUGCAAGAUAAACUGAAGACCAACAACGAAAAAAGCAAUCAUAACCUAUACCUAGCAGCUCAAAAAUCACUGGAAAAUGAAAACAAAAAAAUUGAAAACGUAAUCAACGUUUAA